CAGAUUCUCGUUUAAAAUAAUAAUAGUAUUUUUGUGCACUGUGGAUGUUUCAACCGACAUGCAAUUCGGAAAUCUAACACAUUGGAAAGAACCGCAACAUACCCGGAAAGAUCGCGCCUUAAUCUUUCAUAACAGCGGCGUUGCAAAGAUGGUAUUCGGCGCUAUCUAUCCAAUUCACCUCGAAGAUAAGGUCAAAUGGCGUCAACUAAACUGUGCCUAUAACCUGCAAGCCCAGUACAGUGUCCCUACAGAACCUAUUUAUUGGUGGGACAAAUGGAAAGGACGAACCCUAAGAUCAAUGCAUGAACAAUUUGAGAAAUCUGGAACCUACGUACCGGAUGAAUCUCGACUCUUCAUCUAUUCAGCAAUGGAGGCCUAUAUGAAUCAACAGGGUAAAAAUGGCCGCAAAUGUCUUUGCCGAUCCAUCUGCGAAAAUGCACAAAUUGACCAUCCGGAGGGAAUAUUCUCAGAAAUUUUAUAUGUUCUGCUACUGCCUGGAAAAGACUUUUCACGUGACGAGUACAAGGACGCCUACGAAGCAGGCCGUGCUGGAGCUGAUUGCGAAUUUAUAUAUCCCGAAUGUCCAAGAGGGGAAGGAUUGCUGGAUUCAAUAGUUCUGACUUUUUCAAAUUUUGAUUAAUAUUUGUAAAAGGAAUAUGAAUACCUGAACUUUAUAAUGAAACAUUACUCCAAGCGCUCCAAGCUACAAAUGUUUUAAACAACAAAUUUUCUACAAUACAAGA